AAAUAAACAACAUACCAGCAUUAUGCAAACUGAAAUUGAGAUCGUCAACAUAAUCAUAAUUUUCCCACUCGCAACAUGGAAGACAGCAAGAGCCUUCUUGCAGCCUGCCUUUUCUUCUUGCACUUGCUCGGAUCUGGUGAGUGUCAGCAAAUCUUUUCCCAGCACCCAGUGGAUCAAGACGUUACAGCUGGAAACGAUGCUACAUUCUCGGUGACUUUAAGUGAUACCUUCGGUAAUGAACUGUUCUAUUGGGUGUUCAAUGGAACUGAUAUUCGGGCAGAUGCUACUGAGUAUUCAGGGCUGGGUACACGAGAGCUAGUUGUCUUGAAUGUAAAUAGUGAUGACGAAGGAACGUAUAGUGUGGUUGUAGGCCUUGGAGGAGGAGGAGAAGGUUUUUUAUUCUCACAAGCUGCUACACUUACUAUUUUAACUAUUCCAUUGAUAAUAACGGAGCCAGAGAGCCAAGAAGCUUUGCCCGGAGCAAUGGUGACCUUCAGCAUUGUUGCUAUGGGUGACAGACUUACCUAUCAAUGGAUAAAGGACAUGGCUAACAUUAUGAGCACAGAUGUCAACUAUUCUGGAGCGCAGAGCGCCACCCUGACCAUUGUCGCGGCAAGGGAACCUGAGGAUGAGGGAGUGUACGAUUGUGUGGUUGUCAACGCUGUCGGGUUAGACACCUCGAUGGAAGCCACUCUGGAAAUCAUAAACUGCCCCACACUUGAUCCUGCCCCUAACAACGGUGAUAUAACCUACUCCAUGAAUCCUGCUCUACUUAAUGGUGGCUACUCCAUCGGAACAACUGCCACCUUCAGCUGUACAAGGGGUCAGCUGUUCAACGGAGACACCACUAGGACGUGUAUGAACAAUGGGGAGUGGAGUGGGAUAGCACCUGUGUGCCUGGCACAAGCCUCAGACACUCCGGCCCUGGUUGCUUUUGAUGAUGUUUGUCAAAGUCAGCAGGGAAUUACCGACAACUUGUCUUGCCCACGUAAUGAUGGUGUGUUACAGUGCUACUCAAGAUCACAGCUUUGCGAUGGAAUAGAAGACUGUGUAGGUGGCUCUGAUGAGGGAACUAGUUUGAACGCAUUGGACUGUGAUGGAUCAUUCACUGGAAGAGUUAAUGGAACAAUCCCUGCCUUUGUGUGUGGAGCUGGAGUUGUUGUGGAGCUGGACCAGCUAUGUGAUGGUGUUGAUGAUUGUGGUGGUGGUGGUGAUGAUGAAGAAACUGCCCUUUGCGAGAACAAGUGCUUGUUUCCAUAUUAUGGGGGUUGUCCCUAUUCAAGAGAAUGUGUCUUUACUGACCUGGACUUGAUUUGUGGUUUAUGUCGCCCUGGCUGGGCUACAAAUCCUGCUAGCAUCCUUGGAGAAUGCCUAAAUGCUCACUUUCGAUUCUCACUGACCUCUUUCUCUGUGGAUGAGGAUGCUGGUCUUCUCAGUGGAUCUAUCACUCUAGACACAUCUGGUCAAAUUGACCAGGAGAUUCUAGUGGUCGUUCAGACUGUUGCUGGAACUGCUACUGCUGGCAAUGACUACACACUCUCUGUGUUCACCCUAAUCUUCCCAACAUUUUCUGGAGAAGGCACUACAAUCAAUUUCGAUAUCCCCAUUAUUGAUGACCUCUUUUGUGAAUCCACUGAGACAUUUGUUCUGUUUGCUUCCAUAGUAGACAACCUCGGAAACUUCACCACUGGUGGUGAUACAGCUACUGGUGUCAUCAUUGAUAAUGAUAUACUUUUCCUCACUAUGGACGCUCAGCCAGCAGACGCUAGUGUUGCUCCCAACGACACCGGUAACUUCACAGUGGUUGCGUCUGGUGAAGGACUGAUAUAUCAGUGGUUUAUGGUUGUUGAUAAUGGAACAGACAUUGCCCUUACCAACGGUGGUACUGUGUUCGGCGCUACAUCUGUUUCGUUGGUCAUCACAGAAGUCAUGGAAAGUCACGAGGGAGAGAUGUAUUAUGUGAUUGUCACUAACUGUGCUGGAUUUGUAAAAUCUAACAUUGUUACCAUUACAGUCGUUGACGUUCCGGUUAUUAGUGUGCAACCCUUGAGUUUGAGUACCCAGGCUCCUGAUACGAGCGUCACCUUCACUGUGGUUGCUACGGGCGUCGGCCUCACAUACCAAUGGCUAUUAGAUGGAAUGGCAAUAACCUAUACCGAUGGAGGUGGUUUGAAAUACUCUGGAACCACUUCGGCCACUCUGACUGUGAACAACCUGGUACAUCCUAAUGACGAGGGAUCUUAUAUUGUGAUAGUGGAAAAUGCAGCUGGUUCUGUCAAUUCAGAUCCUGCCACACUAGAUAUUGGUAACUGCACGGCUAUCGCUGGAUUGGGUAGUCGUUUGUGUACCAAUACGGAGACACUCAGUGUUGGCUGCAUCCCUCCGGCUCAAGUAUGCGACUUCAUCACUGCCGACUGUCCCGAUGUGUCCGAUGAACUCAACUGUCCAUCUCCACUUGAGAAAGUUGUCCUCGAAAUAAUAUCAGAGGAGACUUACACCAAUGUCAGUGAGGUCAUUUCGUCCUUUACUACCCUCUCCGAGAACAGGACGUUCCUUCAGACCAUGCAGUUUCUCAAUGAUGUGUCCACUGUGUUUAAAAGCAUCGCUAACUUCACCGACACCACAAUUGUACCCAUCAAUGAAACGGUGGUAGAAAAUUUGGGUCAGACUUUGAACUCCCUCAUACAAUGGCAGCCCUCCAGUCUUGAGGUCAACACCACCUCCAGAAUUGUUGAAUCAUUUGAGGAGGUGGCAAUACAAUUUGCACAACAGUCCAACCUCACUGUGGAAUUCGACGAUGCCACAUUCGUCUUUGAACAGGGCGCCACUGAAUCAUAUUUAAGAGAAGGAAGAACGGAAUACUUCACUGUUAGAGCUGGAGUCCCUGCCUCCAUCGCACUCCCACCCGAACUCUUCAACCAGGUACCAGCUGACAGACCCGUCAUCGGUGUGUACUUUGCCCUCUAUAUAAAUGCGGCUCUUUUUCCGACAAAUUUGUCAGCCGUAGUGAGGGACAACGUGACAAGAUCCGUGAGUACUCCUAUUGUGGCCGCUACCGUGGGACCUGGUAUUGACUUUGGUGGCGAUAUUCCCCUCAAUCCCCCCGUGGUCAUCACACUAGGCCUGCUACCUCUACCUGAGAACACAAGUACUAACCCCAGCACUGCUCGCUGUGUGUCUUGGGACUUUGUCAGUGACAGUUGGAUCACCGACGGCUGUACCACUGAGGUGGUGAAUGAGACCACUUUCCGUUGCAACUGUACCCAUCUCACCAACUUUGCUGUGCUCGUUGAUAUUUGCCAAAGAGCUCAGGACUGUGUGAAUGAUCCGACGGCGGAUCAGGUGCUCUCCUUCAUAAGCUACAUUGGCAUAGCGCUGUCUUGCACAGGACUGGUGGUCACAAUCAUCACUAUGAUAAUUUUUAAAAAACUGAGGGAGAGGGACAACUCCAAGUACCACAUCCAGCUGUCCAUAGCCAUCCUGUGCAUGCUCAUUGUGUUUGCUGUGGGUAUUGAACGUAUCGAGGUGUACGGAGGCUGUGUGUUUGUGUCCAUCCUCAUCCACUACUUCUCUCUGGUGUCCGUCAUGUGGAUGGGGGCAGAGGCCUUGCUCAUGUUCCAAAAACUAGUUAUAGUUUUCAUGACUAUCACGACCAAAUUUAUCGUUAUUUUAUCUCUAGUUUGUUGGUUGUUACCUUUGAUUCCUGUCCUCAUCCCGAUGAUCGUUGAUCUGGCUGACGGGACAACUCCCGAGACAGACCUCAUCAUCACUAGGAAUGUGGACCCCAUCACCGGAAAUGUCACUGGAGGAAUCUGUUUCCUCAAGCAUCCUGGAGUGUUCUUUGGUGCUUUCCUGGCUCCUAUAUUUGCCGUUCUCCUCUUCAACAUGGUCAUCUUCAUCUGGGUCAUUGUCGUCCUCCUGAAACACACCCGCGAAAACAUGAAGAGAUCAAAUCAAAAAAUGAGUAUCAAAACUUCCCUCCGACUACUUGUGAGCAUCUCUGGUGUCAUGUUCCUGUUUGGCCUCACCUGGCUCUUUGCUGCACUCACAAUCAAUAUUAAUGGUAGCAACGCUGUUCGAACUAUCUUCCAAGUUUUGUUCACUGUCUUUGCAUCGUUUCAAGGAUUCUAUAUAUUUCUGUUCUUUGUUAUCUUCAAUGGAGAAGCUCGGGAAUUAUGGAGAGAUCUGUGUUGUGGCCGCUACAAGUCCUCACUCCUCCACCCCUCACAGUAUAAGAACACAAACUCCACAGGAACAGGCACUCGUACACCCAAGGCAAACACGGGCACUACCGGUAUGUCCUCCUCCACAGUUAACACACCCUCACAUACAAACUCCACAGGAACAGGCACUCGUACACCCAAGGCAAACACGGGCACUACCGGUAUGUCCUCCUCCACAGGUAACACACCCUCACAUACAAACUCCACAGAAACAGGCACUCGUACAUCCGAGGCAAACACGGGCCCUAUCGCUACAUCUUCCUCUGUAGGCAACACAUAUAUAUACAGUAAUUAUAACACGGUAAAUCUCGAUUCUGAAGCUAGCCCACUCCCGGAGAAAAGGAGCAAAAGUGAUGAUGAUAUUGUCGAGAGUCAAGUGGACGGAGAUGAGGAUGAAGAGAUAGCACCUCCAAAUUGGUCAGAUGCUAAGCUUAUUUCCAAGGCCAGGGUCAAGCCCUACUCUACAAAGAGGGUCUCCAACCAUCAUAUCGAAGAGAUAGACUCUGAAAAUGAGAACAGUGGCGACCAAGAAGUACCUGAAACUUAGCGAACUUAAUCACUAGUGUUAAUCAUAGUGUAGCUGGACAUACAAUUGCAUGGUAACCAUCCAUGCAUGCAGAAUUGAGAUGAUGGUGUGUUUGUGUGUGUGCAAAUUAUAUUUUUUGGUGACAAUGAAAGAGAUCGCCGAAACCACACAAAUAAUUACAAUUUAAUAGAAAAUUGUUGGCAUUGCAGCUAGGCGUUGCUUUGUGGUAAA